AUUGACACAGCGAGGUUCAUCUGAAUAGGAUUUGCAUCAAAUGGACAUUAAUCCUGGUUGCUUGAAUUAUCGGCGCGCGCAUCUCAUUCCUUACCUCCACUGCCAUUGUGCAACGCACCAGCUUUUCCCCCGUUCAGACUGACGUCUUCAUUGAAGAGCCUACUUCUUGCGACCCUGUCGGGUUGAUUUGCCGUUGCCAUUGAUAUCACUGUCCCGAGCUUCUUUCGCUUGAGCUGCAGGUACCUACCGUGUAAGGUAGCUGUAGUCAAUAGUACCGCGAGGCCACUGAAACACCGUGACAACCGCUGAACGCAACCGUAACAUAAUUGCCCAUCAACGCCAUGGCGUACAACGAUGAUGCUGUCCUGGCGCGGUUGUCAGCGCUCAAUGAGAGCCACGACAGUAUCGCGACUGCAGCGCAAUGGAUCAUGUUCCAUCGGCGUCACGCCGACCGCACGGUACAGCUCUGGAUGCAGCGUUUGAAAGACUCGUCAUCCACAAAACGGCUCAUGCUCAUAUAUCUUGCCAAUGAGGUUGCUCAACAGUCGCGCAUCCGCCACAAGGAGGACUUCAUUAUCGCAUUCUCCCCGGCCAUUGCGGAGGCUGUGUCAGUCGCGUACAAAGGAGCACCGACAGAGGUUCAGUCGAAAAUCCGUCGUGUGGUUGAUGUCUGGAGGGAUCGAAACAUCUUCGAAUCUUCAAUUCAAAAGGCCAUGGAUUCCCGCCUCGAAGAGCUAGACAAGGCUAGAGGGAGUUCGAAAAACGGGUUCGGUGGUAAUCCUUUUGGGUCUGCUGCCGCCAACGUCCCCUCCGAGUUCACGCCUCUCAUCUCUGCACAUCAAUCCGUUUCGAAGCUCUCCGCUCCGCUCAAGAGCACAAUCGCCUCGGCUGAUCAGGAAUACGAGAAGCAGACUGACACCUCAACACCGGCACCCUCUGCACCUGUCUAUGCGGCUCGUCUGAACGGUCUUCUGAGGACCUUGGCCAAUGCCGAGAACGCUGUGGCCGAUUGCGUCAAAGCGAGAGAGAGCUUAGUGUCCGGACUGGAGAAGCUCUUGGAGACUCACCGCGCGGCGUUGGAGGGCGACCGCCAGAGCGCCGAUAAGUUCGGCAAGCGAAAACGCGAGAUUGAGGAGAAGAAGCAGCAGGUCGAGUUCGGCAUUAUGCAGGCUCUGGGAUCAGUUGAUCAAAACGGCGCCGGCGCAGAGGACUCUGGGCACCAUAAGCAGGACGAGGAGAGGCCUCAGAUGGAGGCAUUGACACCAGAAAUGGAGGCGUUCACUCCUCCUUCUGGGGACGUUCCGCCGAUGGAAGCACUUCCGCCAACAACAGGUGAAGAACAGUCUGUGGGCAGCUCCGGAAUAGAGGUGCUCUCUAACGCAGCAUCCUCGUACCAGACCCUGCCCAUCUCCACCAAUGGCUCGAAUAAGAGGCGCCGCGUGGACGAGGGCGAAGAUAUACCAGAUGUUGGAGGGGGCGAUGCCAUAGACGCCGAUGUUGCGGCCAUGCUACAAGAAGGAUCUCAAGCGUGAGAUGUGCUGGGAGGGUCAGACAAGGACUUUGCGCCAGUGGAUGGUUUGGCUUGUAUCCUACUAUAUAGCCCCUGCAUCAGCAUCUAACGUCGCUGUGCUUAUACUUUGUUCGCGUCACUGCGCGUCCCUCUGGAUUACGUGACAUAUUAUGCUGGGAGCCGUCGAGUUCUUCUAAAGUUGGCAGAAAUCUGUAAGCAUCGGCUGGAAGGCGUCGAAUAGUAUCCGUAACUCGCCCAUAACUCCGAUUGCGACCGAGGGUCCUCGGGUUGUUCAGGGAAUCCCUCCGAGCCAAAGGUACCCUGGCUACCCUGCGAUGGUAGUAGU